AUGGCAUACCUAAAUGAUGACGAUAUUGAAAAUGAGCUGGAGCAAAUGUUUAGGCUUCCUGAUAAUCCAGACGAAUCGGAAGAUGAGUACGAGGGCGAGGAUGGUCUAGAAAUCGGUUUAGGUCUACGUGCGAUGUUGGAGGAUCCCAAUAUUAUUCAAAACCGAGGAAGUCCAACGCCUGGACCAUCAAGACGCAGUCCUAUGAGUUUCCUUUCUUCUAAUGAUGGUGAAAUGAGAGAAAAUAUUGAUCCUAAUAUAGGAGUACCUAAUAUUGAAUAUAGCGAUAGCGAAGACGAAGAAAUCUUGCGACCAGUCUGA